UAACUCCGUCCGCUUUGCUUUUUCGCCUUCCAUUGACAUCUCUCGCUCGGGGUUCCGAGCUACCUAGGGUUCUUCGAUGGCGACGCGCACCUUCGAUCUCCUCAACCCGGUGAACUCGGCGCGCCGGUUCGACGAGGCGGCGCUGCUCCGCUACGCCGCGGCCAACGUGGAGGGCUUCCCGCCGCUGCCGGUGGACCUCACCGUCUCGCAGUUCGGCCACGGCCAGUCCAACCCCACCUUCUGCUUCGAAGCCGUUUCCCGACUCUCCCCUGGGGUUGUCAAGCGCUACGUCUUAAGAAAGAAACCCCCCGGGGUUCUCCUCCAGUCCGCCCAUGCUGUUGAGAGGGAGUUCCAGGUUCUCAAGGCAUUAGGUGUUCAUACCGAUGUUCCAGUUCCAAAGGUUUUUUGUCUGUGUACUGAUACGAGCAUAAUUGGAACAUCUUUCUAUAUUAUGGAGUAUUUAGAGGGACGGAUAUUUCUAGAUAAUAAGCUACCAGGAAUUGUCCCUGAAAGAAGGAAGGCAAUAUAUCAAGAAACUGCGAAAGCUCUAGCUUCUCUGCACAAAGUUAAUGUGGAUUUCAUUGGGCUGCAAAAAUUUGGGAGGAGGGAAAACUACUGCAAGAGACAGGUAGAAAGGUGGGAGAAACAAUAUCUUGCUUCAACUGGUGAAGGAAAACCUGAUCGAAAUCCUAAGAUGCUGGAUCUGGCUGGUUGGUUGAAACAACAUAUUCCACAUGAAGAUUCUUCAGCAUCAUCAGGCACUGGUCUUGUUCAUGGGGACUUUCGGAUUGAUAACCUAGUCUUUCAUCCUGUCAAGGAUCAAGUUAUUGGUAUUCUUGAUUGGGAACUAUCAACUUUGGGAAACCAAAUGUGUGAUGUUGCAUACAGCAGCUUGCCUUAUAUUGUGGAUAUGAUGCUAGUUGAUAGAGGAUCAUAUGGAGGAUUUGAAGUUAAUGGUACUCCAGAAGGCAUUCCUUCUCUAGCAGAAUACCUGGCCGUAUACUGCUCUGCUUCAGGAAAACCUUGGCCAGCUGCAGGCUGGAAAUUCUAUGUUGCCUUUUCUUUGUUCCGUGGGGCAUCUAUUUUUGCAGGAGUAUAUCACAGAUGGACUUUGGGUAAUGCUUCUGGUGGUGAGCGUGCUCGAUAUGCUGGAAAACUAGCAAAUGUUUUGAUUGAUUAUGCAUGGGCAUUUAUUAAUCAAAAAUCUGUGCUUCCUAGUCAGCCUCCACAAGGUGUUCUGGAUUCAGAAGUUUCUUGGAAAAAGUUGGAUAAAGAGAAAGAAUAUUCAUACCCUGCAAAGGGGCAGGGCAAAUUUGUACCCAGUCAAAAGGUUUUGGAACUUCGUAAUAAAUUACUGAAGUUUACGGAAAAUCAUAUUUACCCAAUGGAAAAUGAGUUUUACAAACUUGCACAAUCAAAUGCACGCUGGACAGUUCAUCCAGAAGAAGAGAAAUUAAAAGAGUUAGCAAAGAGAGAAGGCCUGUGGAACUUGUGGAUUCCUUUGGACAGUGCUGCUAGAGCAAGGAAACUGCUUUUUGAUGGGGAAGAUCAUGUUUCUUCAGGAUAUUGGAAUGAUCAUUUACUAGGUGCAGGGCUUUCGAACCUUGACUAUGGAUAUUUGUGUGAGAUUAUGGGCCGUUCAGUUUGGGCACCACAACUUUUUAAUUGCAGUGCACCAGACACUGGCAAUAUGGAGGUAUUGUUGAGAUAUGGAACCAAGGAACAACUUAAAGAGUGGCUUAUUCCUUUACUAGAAGGGAAAAUUAGGUCUGGAUUUGCAAUGACUGAGCCACAAGUUGCAUCUUCUGAUGCAACCAACAUUGAAUGUUCGAUUACUAGACAAGGAGAUUUUUAUGUCAUAAAUGGAAAGAAGUGGUGGACAAGUGGAGCAAUGGACCCUAGAUGCAAAAUUCUUAUAGUUAUGGGAAAAACAGAUUUCACUGCUGCUAAACAUAAACAACAGUCGAUGAUUUUAGUAGAUAUCAAUACUCCUGGUGUGCAGAUAAAGAGACCAUUAUUGGUCUUUGGUUUUGAUGAUGCACCUCAUGGGCAUGCAGAAAUAACUUUUGAAAAUGUGCGCGUGCCAGUAAAAAAUAUCCUGCUUGGAGAAGGACGAGGGUUUGAGAUCGCUCAAGGUAGGCUGGGUCCUGGAAGAUUACAUCAUUGCAUGAGACUGAUAGGAGCAGCAGAACGUGGCAUGCAAAUGAUGGUUGAAAGGGCUCUUAGAAGGAAAGCCUUUGGAAAGUUGAUUGCACAGCAAGGUUCCUUUUUGUCAGACAUUGCCAAGUGUCGAGUAGAACUGGAGCAGGCAAGACUCUUAGUUCUGGAGGCAGCUGAUCAGCUCGACCGGUCCGGGAACAGGAAAGCCCGUGGAACUAUUGCUAUGGCUAAGGUAGCAGCACCAACGAUGGCCCUGAAGGUGCUCGACAUGGCAAUGCAAGUUCAUGGUGCUGCCGGUUUAUCAUCGGACACUGUUUUGUCCCACUUAUGGGCAACCGCGCGGACUUUAAGAAUUGCCGAUGGCCCCGAUGAAGUCCAUCUAGGCACCAUAGCUAAGCUAGAACUGCGAAGAGCCAGGCUAUAAGACUCAUGUUGUGAAGACCUUGAUCUUGAGGGAUGCCUUUGAAGGCACCCAGUUCUGAAAGAUACAGGGUACACAAUAAAAUAAAAUAGAACCAAAAUAAAGCAGUCAAGAGGCAAGAGGCAGUCAGGACUUGAAAGCUUGGUGAGCACAUUGGAUGACUGGUGAUUUCCUAUAUUUAUGAUUGCAAAGGUGGAUGUUUCUUCAACUCAAACAUUUUUCCAAUAAAUAAAAUUUUGGAAUAUACCUCGAUGUAGAUUAAAUACACUGGCAUGGAUUUGGAUGUAUAAACAUUGAUUCAUUGCUUGAAAUGAACUGGAAAUCUCUAUUGGAAAACCAUGUUAUACCAAAUUUUACA